AUGACGACGACGACGACCGCCGCCGCGUCCACGCCGCGGAAACGCGCGACCGCGACUGCGUCCGCGAACGACGACGAAUCAGACGACGACGCGUGGCGCUCCCUCGGCACGCCCGCGAAGGAGCUGCGGUUGGAGAACACGCUCCCGACCGGGCAGUCGUUCCGAUGGCGGAAAAACGCGGACGGCGAUUACGUCGGCGUGAUCGGCCGCCGCGUCGUCUCGAUGCGUCAAGACGUCGACGACGUCCUGUACCGCGUGCACUGCCGCGGCGACGACGAGAGCGAAGCCUCGGACGCGGCGGUAAUCGCGGAGUACUUCAAUAUCUCCACGUCGCUCGCGUCGCUGUCCGAGGCGUGGGCGGCGGCGGACGCGCGGUUCGCGAAGCUCGCGCCGCACCUUCCGGGGUGCCGAAUGCUGCGGCAGGACCCGGCGGAGUGUCUGUUCUCGUUCAUAUGCAGCAGCAACAAUCACAUCUCGAGGAUACACGGCAUGGUCGAGCGGUUGUGCGCGGCGUACGGCACCAAGUUGGCCCCGGACGAGCGCCCCCUGGGCGACUUCUACGCGUUCCCGACGGUCGCGCAGCUCCGGGCCGCGUCCGAGGAGACCCUGCGAGGGAUGGGAUUCGGGUACAGGGCGAAGUUCAUCGCCGGCGCCGUCGCGGCGCUGGUCGCCAAACCGGAAGGUCCCGACGCGUACCUGAUGAAACUCCGCGCCGCUGAGACGCCGUACCGGGACGCGCGGGCGGCGCUCGCGGAGCUCCCCGGCGUCGGCCCGAAAGUCGCCGCGUGCGUGUGUCUCUUCUCCCUGGACAAGCACGACGCGAUCCCCGUGGACACGCACGUGUGGCAGCUCGCGGUGGAGCACUACGUGCCGGCGCUCGCGUCCAAGUCGUUGACGCCGCGGGUGAUGGACGAGGUUGAAGCCGCCAUCGUGGCGGUGUUCGGGUCGCACGCGGGCUGGGCGCACAACACGUUGUUCGUCGCGGAGCUCGCUCACGUGCGAGCGGGGCUGCCGGAGGAGUUGCGGACGCCGCCGCGGCCGAAGACGGCGAAGAAAGAGAAGAGAGAGAAGAAGGAGGAGGAGAGCCCCGCGGCGGGAGCGGGGGCGGCGGGGGGCGGCGGCGGAGGAGGCGGCGGAGGAGGCGGGAAGAAAACGAAGAAGAAGAAGAAGAAGAACGCGAAGGAGGAGGAGGAGGACGGACCCGCACCGGUGGCGACGACUGAAACUGAGGGCGACGACGCGUUGGACGGGCUCCUCGCGAGCCCGCAGCCGGGGUCGUUUCGCAUCCCGAAGCGUCAAAAGACGGAAGACGCGUAG